GUGACGAACGCGAUGAAAGAGGCGAGACGGAAGGAGGAUAAAUCGAUGUCGUUGAAUAAGGAUAAGGAAGACCGCGCGACGGUGGAGCAAGCGUUGGAUCCGCGGACGAUGUUGAUUUUGUUCAAGAUGCUGUCCAGGGAGACGUUCACGGAGAUUCACGGAUGCGUGUCGACGGGGAAGGAGGCGAACGUGUAUCACGCGCGAAAAGACGUCGUCGUCGGGGAAACUGGCGCGAGAGAAGUGACGGACUUCGCGGUCAAGGUGUAUAAGACGUCAAUUUUAGUGUUCAAGGAUCGCGAUAGAUACGUCAGCGGGGAUUGGAGAUGGCGGAAUGGGUAUUCAAAGAAGAAUCCGCGGAAAAUGGUGCAGACGUGGGCGGAGAAGGAGAUGCGGAACUUGAUUCGGUUGAAGGAGGCGGGCUUGCGCGUGCCCGCGGUGGAGAUGCUUCGCUCGCACGUCUUGGUGAUGGAAUUCAUCGGGAACGAUGGCAUCGCCGCGCCGCGAUUGCGAGAUGCGGACAUAUCAGUCAAGAAGAUGCGUUCGUUAUUCACCGAACUCAUCGUCGACGUGCGCAUGAUGUACCAAAAGUGUCGUCUCGUGCACGCGGAUCUGAGCGAGUACAACUUGUUGUUUCACGACGGACACAUUUGGAUCAUCGACGUCUCGCAAAGCGUCGAUCAGGACCACCCGCGGUGCUUGGAGUUCCUGCGCGAAGAUUUGCUUCACGUGAUUCAAUACUUCGCCAAGCAAGACGUCGCCGUGCCGACGGUUCGCGAAUUGUUCGACUUUGUCACCGACCCGGCGAUCAACGAUGACAACAUGGAGGCCGUGCUCGAGGCGCUGAGUGAGUCCGCGGAGGAGCACGCGAUGAUGGAACGCCGCGCCGAGGCUGAGAUUCAAGCCAACGUGUUCCAUCAGGCGUUUAUUCCGCGCGCUCUGGACGAAGUCGAUCUGUUUGAGCGCGAUCAAAAGCGCUUGAUUCAAGGCAAAGGAGAGAGCGAAGGAAUUUAUUAUCAAACCAUCACAGGCAUGGCGGACGAUUUGAGCAGCGUGCGCACGACGCCGACGCUGUUGAUGACGAAGAAACUCGACGUCGUGGACGAGGACGAAGACGAGGAGGACGAA